AUGGAAGACGUAAUGAUCGACACUAGAAAACCUAUCAACGCCAAAAAUCUGAAGAGCAUGGGGAUUCUGGAUCAGGUCAAAGUCAAACCUACUCUGGACACUUCCUGGGAUGCUCUAAAAGAUCAGAGGGAAAUUCCCCAUGGACUCUAUCUGUUCUCAAAGGAAGACCCCCGAGAUGUAAUCCUUUUCUAUCUGGAUAAUUUGAUGAAAGAAGGAGUGGAUAUCUCAGACUUCAACCUAAGCGAGCUACCAGAAACUGCUCCAAACUUCAUGGACCAUCCUCGAGGACCCUCUGAAAAGGCGAGACAAGCGAAGAAGGCAAGACUAGGAGAAUCCUCCGGAUCCAGACCUCCAGCACCUCUGCAUGAGCCUUCUGGUAAGUCUGUUUCUCUUGCUCCCUCUGCACAAACACAACCCAUUGCUUCUUCUAUCCCUCAACCAACACCUAUCUACACUAACUCAGAAACUCCUCCUUCAACCACCAAAACAUCUCAGAAAUUUAACCUUGCCACUACCACCUUACCUCUAUCUGACGCAGAAAUGCUGAAUGAAACCACCUCUUCAUAUUCUUCCCCAGAAUCACCUCCCUACAACAUUUCCACAGAUACAGAACACUCUGACCCUUCAUCUCCCACUCUGGCCCAACUUCAAACUCGUGCUCUGGCCUCACAACAGCCAACACAACCCCCACCUGAACCUGAAGUCACUUCACCACCCGCAGAACAACCAAACCCAACACCAUCUGACCUUCAACCUUCUGAACCAAUUACCUCUGACACACCCUCACCAAACACAUCCGCUGAACCACAAAGUCUCAACCUAAGCCCUCCCACUUCUCCACCUCCACCCUCUGAACCAUAA